AUGGAUUCGUCGACAGACUCCGAAGGCUACAAAUCAGAAUCAGAGGAUGAAAUUGACGUAAAAGAAAUUGAAAAAGUAAUCUCAGAGUACAACGAUAGAUUGUACAGAGAGGGGGAAAUAGAGUGUAACAAACUCCUACGCGAAGCUAUGCAAAAAUUUGUAGACGAAAAUCCGGGACCACCCACUGAGGCUGAUAAUGAUGAUGAUACAAGUGAUGAUGGUGAUGGUAACAAUGCCGAUUAUCUUCAACAACAAAAUCAGUCACAGAAACAACCAGACGAACAAGGACAAACAACCAUUACUUAA